GCUUUGGAUAGCUCUGAGAAAAGGUCUUUGAGCGCUCCUUUAUUUUAAGCACUCUACCUUCUGUGGCUUGAGUGGGAGGAUGCCCCAAAUCAUUCUCCAUUGCCACAGAAAAUGGCCUCGGAAGAGCCGUCAGCGCGCUACACACUAAAGGUCACCGCCGGCCCUACAUACGACCCCAAAACACAUCAAAUAGUGCCAGUCAACGCCGACGAGACGCUGACGAUUGAGACCGAGCAUACCACCGCGAAGCUCUGCGUGCGAAUUAGAGAUUACAACGGACUCCCUCCCAACACCCCUCGCACAUGCAGAUACUUCUCCCACCCAGACCACCAGGACGACCAAUACUCCAUCGCCGUUAGCUUCAUUCCCAAACGGACUAUCCCUGGCUGCGCGCUUGUCUUUGGCAAUGAUUUUGACCGGCCCAUUCGCGAUCGAUUACCGCCGGGGACGAACUAUGCGCUCAAGAUCGUCAAGUGGAUGAUCGAUCCUGGUCUAGAGGGGGAUGCGUAUGCCGAUAAACCGUACCUGUACGGCGCUGCACUGUCGAGCUGGAAUUAUUUUAGAAUUUGUGAGCGCGAAGGGGUGGCGUCUAGGCCUAACUCGGCUGGUGAAAAGCCAGCAUCGCCGAAUGGGAGUCAGGAGAGUAUCACGAGUAGCGGAGGCAAUAGUAAGGGCAGCGAUUGGCAGGGAUCAGUAACUUCGCUGGAGCUGCAUGAAGAGGUCAUUGAGGAGGGUGGUGAAGGAACUGGGAAGCAGAUCCGUGAGAGCCUCAAUAUCCCCGGCGAUGCGAGUUCUCGAAAGAAAUACUUUCUGGAUCAGAACAAUCGCCGCAUGUUCGAGUUUGAGGCUGGACGGCUGUACAAGGCCGAUUUUGGGAAUCCCUAUCUAGGAUUCAGUGAUUUCUCGCUCAGACUACCGGGUUUUAGUCUCAAUGUUGCCAAAUACAUAGACCGGAAAAAUCACUCACUGCGCUAUGUGCUGAAGAAUAAGAAUACUGGAGAUGUGUUUUUCGUGGUUGUUUUUACUCUGCUGCUCAACAACGAGGACGAGAGUGAGGACCAGAGUAGUGGGGAGGAGGCGCAGCAAGAAGAACGAGAGGAAUCGGAGGUAGACUAGACACGUACGACAUGAGAUCUGGUUGAACGAUUUUAGAUGAUUUUGUUUUUAAAACUAUCUGACAACAAUGCCGAGAACCGGGAACAGUUCAAAUGAGCCCCUAAGCUCUAGAAUUCACACCUCUAAUAU